CGCUAACCCGUGACGUCACGCGCGGGGCUCGGCAUUCCUCCGUAUCCGCCUGGUUCCCGCGGGGAUCGCCGAAUAAUCGCUACCACGCACCCGCCCCGCCGGGCGGAAGAGUUCUCGGAAGGUGAUCAAGCUGGCAGAUCAUUAUCCCAUCAACUCCCAGUUCAAGGUGGAAUUACUCUUGUGCCUAUAAACCACUAGAUCCAGUUCACUGCUCCGAUGGCUCUGCCACCUCCGGAUCCACAGUUUGUGCUCAGAGGCACCAGUGCUGCAGUCCACACUCUGCAUUUUUCCUGUGGAGGCCCAGAACCUGAUAUCCCCCUUCUUUUCUCUGGGUCUGAGAAUGGGUUUAUCCAUGUCUGGAACCUGAAAACACGCAGAGUGGACACAGCAUUGGAUGGCCAUGGAAGAAAAUCUGUCUGCUGUGUGAAGACAAUGGGUGGUAAAGACAGGCUUCUCAGUCAGGGGCGCGACCAGAGGAUCUGCCUGUGGGAUUUAGCAGAGGGACGGACUUCAGUGACGGAUUCUCUCUGCACGGAGCAUGUGGGAUUCUGCAGAUGCUCUCUGUUACAGGUGGCACAGGGACGCUGGCUAAUGGCCAUGGCAGCCAGAAGCCUGGAGGAGGUUCAGAUUUUGGAGCUGCCAUCCAAGACGUCAGUCUGUACCUUGAAACCAGAGGUGGGUGCCAAGCUGGGCAUGCCCAUGUGUCUGAAGUUAUGGCAGCCCAGCUGUGGUUCACAGCCUGUGCUUCUGGCUGGCUAUGAAGAUGGAUCAGUUGUCCUCUGGAAUGUGUCAAUGGGAAAAGCGUUGAGCCGACUCAGUUGCCACCAGGAGCCAGUGAUGAGCCUUGACUUUGACUCGGAGAAGGCCAAGGGGAUCUCAGGCUCAUCUGAAAAGGUGCUGAGCAUCUGGAGCCUCAAUGAGCAACAGAACCUGCAGGUUUACAAAACACACGAACUCAUCAACGCUGGCAUAUCUGAUAUCACCAUCCGGCCAGACAAGAAGAUUUUGGCAACAGCAGGGUGGGACCAUCGCAUCAGGAUCUUUGGGUGGAAGAAGCUGAAGCCCUUGGCAGUGCUGGACUAUCACACAGCAGCCGCCCACUGCGUGUCCUUCUCCGACCACAGCAGCCCCCGGGACCGGCUGCUGGCUGCCGGCUCCAGAGAUCAGCGCAUCAGUGUCUGGUCCAUCUAUGCCCAGACAUGACACAUCUGCCCUGCCAUGCACGAGGGAAACAGCACUGCUGGAGCAACUCCCAGCACUGCAACUCAAACGUGCCUGUGGGGAAGUGGUAGAAUCCGUCUCCAGGCUGAAGUGAGAGUCCUAGGUUAAUUCUUAUGCUGCUUGUUUAAGCUAUAAAUUUUUUCUUCUGUAGAAGAAAGUGGAUUUUUAAAAUUCAUAACAAGCAGAACAAGGCCAGUCACAAAGACCAAAGUUGCUUUGGGUUCUGCUACAGGUUUUGCAACACCUUUCCUUUGGCAGGUUGCUGACAUAACUUGUGCCAAUAUCUUUUGUAAAAAUGGACUGGAAUCCCUCAAACUGCAGUGGGGGCAGAAUAUGUCUGUUUGUAAGUCAUUUAUGUAUCCAAGAAUCUGAAUCGGUGUAAAACAUCACUCUUCCUUGAAAAUUUAUACCCAUUAAACCACCUCCAGUGGUUUCUCAUUGUCAGUUACUUUUUCUUCCCCCAAACUGAAAGGCUAUCAGAACACCCUUGAUUUGUUCACACUUCUGUCAGUUUCUAACUUAAACCAACAGCCAGGAAUGUGACUAGGGAUGGCCUUCGGCAUUUAUGAAUUUCAUUAUGUCUCCUGUCACCUCAAGCCUCACAAUUAAUCACAAGAAAGAAAGGAAAAAAAUCUUCCCCACCAUUGCACUGCAAAGCUAUGUAAAGCCUUUUACAGAGCCAGUGCUAAAUCCUCUCCAUAGACUGAUGAGCUGAAGGAUUUAAACUCGACAAUCCAAUUAGCGCCCUGCUCCUUGGAGAGUCAGGGCUGAGUUUCAGCCUGGAAAGUCGGGGAUUCAGCUGCACAGCUCCCAUGAACAUUCAGGGGAAUCACAUGGGUAAAUCCUUCUCCACACAGUGCAAAUGGUUCCAUUAACUUGUCAUCUCUACAGUCAUGAGAACUGAAAUUCAUUCAUGAAAGUUUUGUUGUUUGCCUCACAAAGCAGCAUUUGCAUUCUUGUAAAGCGUAUUAGACACACACCAGUGUGCUGAGAGCCAGGCUACUGCUGGAUUCUGCCACAAAGCUGCAGUGACAACUGUGUCCAGGCUGUACACUGUUGAUACUUGACUGGAAAUAGAGAGGUGGAAAUCAAAGAAAAAGUGACCAAAAGUGAACAGCAACAUCAAAGACUUUGAAAAUUAUUUCAGGAAAAACACACAUGCAAAUUAAGGUUUGGGUCUGUUAUCCAGCUGUGCCUUGCAGACAGAGAAUAUUGCUGGACUGAAAGCCUUAAGCACCCAGUCUGAUGUUCUUUACAUUAAAACACAGAACCAGGAUACUGUUGCCAGGCUUUUCUAAGUAAAAUGUGGCCUUACACAUUUUAGAGUGUGGUGACACUUUAAAUAAUGCAUUUCUUUGAUUAUUUCUUUACUAUUCAGUAGCUGCAUGGAGGAUCACAUUGCAGUUGAAAGUUAAAGCCUAAUUUUGAGUGAUCCCGAGUCAAGGGGAGGUGAUGGUGUUCAUUACAGCCACCAGACAGAGUUGCACUUCUCCACCAUCAUCCACCUCCCACACAGAGGAGGAGCUGCCCCACUGCACAAGCAGCUCCAGCCUCAGCCUGGUGGAACGAGAUGCAGUCACCUUCCACAAACCUGCUGCUGGAAGAAACCUUCUCUUCUGCUCUUUUGCCCCUUUCUCAAAGGAGGUCAGAAUUGACACAAAGAAACAAUGAAAUAAAUAAAUGGAGAAUGUGUUGUUGCAUGUG